AUGCGCAUGGAGAAGCUGGGCGCGUCGCCUGAGGGCCUCCUGUGGCACGCCAUGUUUCCGCUGCCCAAGCCCUCUGGAGGGUGCCGCCUCAUCGCGCCCAUGUAUUCUUUGGUGCGCUGGUGGUCGAGGGCGCGGGCGGACAUCUCCAAGGGCCGGCCCGCGCAGCACCCCAGGGGCCCCAGCGUCGACAUCUGGGGGCUCGGCGCGGGCAGGUCGUCGUCUGAUGCAGCGUUCGACCUGAACCUCGAGACCCAGGUAUCGGUCGCGUUGGAGGAACAGGUGGCCACCGUGCUCCCGAACGCCCGGAUGUUCUUUGAGACGGUGAUCCCCGAGGCCCUGAUACAGGAGGUGCGGCUGCUCAAGAUGCCCCAGCCGCUGGUCUGGCUUUUGGUGGAGCUUUACGGGCAGCCCAGGCCGCUGCAAGCGUUCGGCUCGGCGUCCUACGAAGUUGCGUCCUACCAGGGGGUGUUGGCUGGAUGCGCGCACGCGCGCGCGCUCGUGUCGGUCCUGAUGCACCGCGUGCUGGAGCGGGCGCGCUGCGCGGGCGUCACUCCCAGGGCCUUCGUAGACGACGUCACCCUUCAGUGGGUCAGGACCGCGGGCAGCAACGUCGGCGUCUUGAGUGCCGCGGUCGCGCGCUUCCGCGAGGAGGCCAGGCAACUGGGCAUCAUCGCGCAGCCCGCCAAGUCUGGCUACGUGACCUCGUCCAAGGGCCCAGCCGCAGGGUGCAGAAAGCAUGCGGGAUCCCGCGGCUUGCAGCUGCUACGCUGGGCUCGCAAUCUGGGGCAUGACCUUGGAGGAGGCAGGAUCCAGCGACGGCAGACCAAGCCGCGGCUGAAGGCGCUGGCGCGGCGGCGCAGGCGCCUGGCGGCGUUGAAGCGUGCUGCUGGCCGCGAGGUCACCGUGCUGUGGCGCGCGGGGCUGCCCCCCAGCGCUGGCCCGUCGGGCGCCACGAUCUGUCUGGCCACGCAGCGCAGCGCGAGGCUUGAUCCAGUCUACGAGGCGACGGUGGCGCUCGCAGUCAGGUACUCCAGCUGGGUCUGGGAGCAGAGGACAUCGAUGGGCAUGCUUCAGCGUGCGUGGUCCUCCAUCGCGCAGCGGCUGGUCGAGAAGCCGACGCGGGGGUCGUCGGUAGAGCAGGACGUCCUCCCUGACCGACUGCAGCAGAUAUGGGCUACUAUGCGCGACAAGGGCCUGCAGGCAGGCGGCGCGGGGGUCGCGGACUUCAGCGGGUUCGCGCACGAGGUCGGGCCCCCCGUGCCGCCGCCGCGCGUGCCGCCUGCGGCCGACGAGGCGGUGGACAGGAGGGGCGCGAGCGACGAGCAGCGCGGGGACAUUGCGUUCUCCGAUGGCUCGGGCUUCGCGAGCAGCAUGCCCGAGCUGAGGCGCUGCGGGUGGUCGCUGGUCCAGCUCGGCUCCAACGGGGCGCCCGUUCGCGCGGUCUUCGGGGCCCUUCCUGGCCGCCUGCAGGCGGUGGGUCGCGCCGAGCGACACGCGCUCCUGCGGGUCACCGAGCUCCUGGGGCAGCAGGCGCGAUUCGUGGCCACUGACCUGCAGGCGCUGGCCCAGGAGGCUAGCAGCUGGGGGUCUGAGCUGGAGCGAGCCAAGCCGGUGCACGCCACGGUGUGGAGGCACCUGCGGCAGCACCCAUGCCGCCCGGAGUUGUUCUGGGUUUCCGCGCACCAGGACGUCGACGGGCACCUGGCGGCGGGGCUUCACCCAGCGCCGUGCGCGGGCAACCCGUGGGCGGACGGGUUCGCCAAGCAGGGGGCUUUGCAGCACACGGUGUCCCAGGUGCACACGGAGUUCUACGCCAUCGAGGCGCAGUGCGUCAAGCAAGUGGCGGACCACAUCGGAUGGGCCAUGCAGCGUUGCUUGGCCAUCGGGGACUGGGCCCCCGAGGCGCGCCACGUGCCCGCGGCGGCGCCGCCGCCCGUGCCGAAGCUGACGGUGGUGGAGCACUCCCUGGCGCGCGCGCAGGGAAGCGCGUGGAUGGGCGACGCCGAGGGCCUGGAUGCUGAGGCGCGGCAGCAGUGCGACGGUGGCAGGCCCUGCAAGGUGGCGCAGAAGCCGAACCCAUGGUUGCGCGAAGGGGACGGCGGUGGCGCGGGGCUGCGCCUCGGGCAUCGGCUGCGGCGCGCGGGGGCCACCAUCUUCUGCAAAGUCUGCGUCGCGUGGAUGCUGACCCCAGCGGCAAGGGGGCUGCAGAAGGCGUGCUGCGGGCCGCCCACCGACGAGGGGUACCGCCAGCGCAGCUACGUCAGCAACCUGCCGGCCAGGAGGGACAGGCUGCUGCGUGGUCUGGACCCCGAGGUGGGCAGGUCAUGGGCUACGGGCACGCUGGUGCACGACGAGCGCAGUUCGGUCGACGACAGCUCCGAGAAGGGCACCGACGAAGCGGUCGUGGCCCAUGGCUAUGCGGAGGCCCCGCGGGCGGACGCGCAGGGGACCGCGACGCGCGGGUCUCCCGCAGCGCCGUGCGGCGGGCGCACGGAGGAGGCCCAGAGGGCGGGUGCGCAGGAGACAGCAACACGCGGGGCUCCCGCAGAGUUGCGAGGCGGGCGCACGGAGGAGGCCCCAGUGGCGGAUGUGCAGGGGGCCGCGACACGCGGGGCUCCUGUGCCGCCGAGAGGCGGGCGCGCGGAGGCCAGCCGCCUGCUUGCGGAGGUUGCGGCGCGCCGCAGCGCUCGCGCGGCGCCAGCGCCGUCCUGGCAGGAGCGGCUGGAGGUGCUGCGGCGGCGCGCUGCGACUCGCGAGGCUGGCCUGACGGGCGUUGCCGCUGGCGGCGCUGGCAGUGUUCCCACAGCGCAGGUCGUGGAGGCGUUGACCGACGCAGGGCGCGCUGUUGGUGAUCGCGCCGGGUCAUGGUCAGCGCGGGGGCAGGCGCUGCUGCGGCGGCCCCAGGCGCGGGCCGAGCGGCGCUGGGGCGGCGCUUGGGCGGCCCCCAGGGAGGCGCUUGUGGGCUUUGCCGCGCGGCUGCGGCGUCGCAGCAUCCGCGCGGCGCGGCCGCCGCCCAGGGCGGUCCUGCCGCAGCGGCCGCCGCGGCCGCUGGCCCUGGAGCGCAGGCUGGACCGCUGGGGGCGGCGGUGGGUCGAGCCGCUGCCCGACGCCGACGGCGCGGCCAGCGACUGGCUCCACCACUGCGUCCCGUGCGCGGAGGCGGUCCUCACCCAGCCCAGGUGGCGGUGUUUCUUCGGGGGGAUGGGCAGCGCGGCCCAGCAGCUGGCGGAGGCGCGGCGUCGCCGAGCAUGGCGCUGCGGAGCGAGGCUGCGCGGCGCCUGCGCCAGGUAUCGUAUGGGCCUCGCGCUGGGCCAGCGGUGCGUCACCGACAGCAUGCGGAGGUGCGAGGUACUGCCUCCGCAGCUGGCUGGCGGCGCCUGCGGGCCUGCCGCCCGCGCCGGGCUGGGCUCGGGCGGCGCGCCGCAGGCCGCGGCCUGGGGCGGCGGCGCCUCGCGAGGGCCAGGGCCGCCUCAGCGCGCAG